GAAAGAUAUUCAUUUCGUUACAACUUCCAAACAUGUGGUAGCUAGAUCAUACUCCAAGUCGAAACAGCUACACAGUACACACGCACUGAUCUUUGUCGAUAGAAACUUUUCUUUGUCAAAUAAUUAUCUACAUAUGUGAUUGUUAAUAUUCACUGAUUACUAUUUUUUUCCUUUCCUUUCAUUUUUUUUUUAUUAUGAGAAAGUUAUAGAUCGACCGAAACCUAUAAUUAAUUCCAAAGCCAAAACUGAAUCAUGUAAUAUUAGUUUUGGCUUAAACAUUACUCGAUAAUGUAACUUAUAUGCUUUGUAAUAUUUUUUUUUUUGAGCUAACAACUUUUGGUCCUCUUUCAACUUUGAUUUAUAAAUAUUUGUCAUUUUUAUGUUUGCAUUCGAAGAAAAAGAACAAAAAAUCACAUUUUCAAAAUUCUAAAACAUUUCACCUUUUUACGACAGAUUCUUACAAAUGUAAUUGCGUGCAAACAAACGAUUGAGGCAUUAGCGUUUGCAUUUUCAACUGUUUUUCCUUUAAAUGAUUUUAUGGGUCUUUUAAAUAUAUAUAUAUAUUUUUAAUGUAAAUGCAAACGCAAACAAAUAAUUCAGGCUUUUAAUAUUUAAGUUCUCUUUGUUCAUUUAUUUAUUUCCCAAUAUAUCAUCUACCUAGAUCAAUAGAAGACAUCUCCAAGAUUAUAAAAAAAAAAGUUCAAAGCUUAAAAAUAUGUUUUUGAGAACAAUGGCGUCGGCUUCACCACCACCACCACCAUCAACAUCCUUAACAUCACAACAACCUUCACCACCGCCGUCUCAGCUUCCGCUCCGUUCAAUGCCGGGAUCGUACGGUUGGCCGUUGGUGGGACCGUUAUCGGACCGUUUAGAUUACUUCUGGUUCCAAGGACCGGAGAAGUUUUUCAAGACAAGAGCCGAGAAGUACAAGAGCACUGUCUUCCGUACAAAUAUUCCUCCGGCGUUUCCUUUCUUCGGCGACGUUAAUCCUAACAUCGUCGCCGUCCUUGACGUCAAGUCUUUUAGCUAUCUCUUCGACAUGGAUCUAGUUGAUAAAAGAGAUAUUCUCAUCGGCGAUUUCCGCCCUAGCCUCGAUUUCUACGGUGGUGUUCGUGUCGGAGUUUAUCUCGACACCACCGAGCCUAAGCACGCCAAGUUUAUUCAUGUUUAAGUCAGAUCAAAAGUUUCGCCAUGGAAAUACUAAAACGAAGCUCAGAAGUAUGGCUACGAGAGCUCCUCUCAAACCUCGACAAGCUCUGGGAAACAGUAGAAUCCGACAUUUCUAAAAACGACGCCGCUUCGUAUAUCAUCCCUCUCCAGCGAUGCAUCUUCAAUUUCCUCUCCACCUCUCUCACCGGCGCAAACCCCUCCGUUUCGCCGGACAUUGCCGAGAACGGCUGGAAGAUGCUCGAUAAAUGGCUCGCGAUUCAGGUCAUCCCCACCACCAAAAUCGGUAUUUUUCAGCCGCUCGAAGAGAUCUUCCUCCAUUCGUGGGCUUACCCUUCCUUACUUGUCGCCGGAGAUUACAAAAAGCUCUACAAUUUCAUCAACGAAAACGCCGGCGAUGUUCUCCGUUUGGGCGAAGAGGAAUACGGGUUGACCCGAGACGAGACGGUCCAUAAUCUCCUCUUCGUAUUGGGUUUCAACGCUUUCGGGGGCUUUUCCGUCUUUUUACCAUCCCUGAUCUCGAGACUCGCCGGCGAUAAUUCCGGUCUCCAGGAGAGGCUGAGAUCCGAAGUCAGGAAAGUAUGCGGGUCCGGGUCGGGUUUGAAUUUCCGGACGGUUAACGAAUUGGAGCUGGUUAAAUCAGUGGUUUACGAAACGCUCCGUUUAAACCCGCCCGUUCCUUUACAAUUCGCACGUGCGAGGAACGAUUUCAAGAUAAGCUCGCACGACGCCGUUUAUGAGGUCAAGAAAGGUGAGCUACUCUGUGGUUACCAGCCGCUGGUGAUGAGAGACGCUAACAUCUUCGACGAUCCGGAGGAAUUUAAACCGGACCGGUAUGUUGGUCAGACCGGGGCCGAGUUGCUGAAUUAUCUCUUCUGGUCCAAUGGUCCACAAACCGGUACGCCGAGCGCGUCGAACAAGCAGUGUGCAGCCAAGGACAUGGUCACUCUCACGGCUUGUUUGAUCGUUGCUCAUUUGUUUCUCCGGUACGAUAAAAUUACCGGCGACAUCUCGAGUAUCAAGGCCGUAGAAAAAGCUAAAUAAGUAAGAUUCGUGAGUGGAUUAUGUAAUAAAUCUUCAACAGUUUCAUAUGUUUGAUGAUAAACUAAAAUAAUCCGAAUUGAAACACAAAUUGCCAUGUCAGAGAGAUUGGAGUACGAGACAACCUACAUUUCUUAUAAAUUAAGUAAAUGACUUUCAUCCCUUUUUCAAAAUAAAAUAAAAACAAUUUUGGUUGAUUACCAUUUAAUCCAGAAAUUAGUAGCAAGUGUUUCACUUUCACACUUGAUUUCAAACAAGAACAUGUUGUGUUUUGGGACCUCGAUUAGGACCGAAAGUGGAAAAGUGUGUAAUCAAAUAAUUUCUUGUUUUUUAAUCAAUAAUUCACUCGAAAAAGACGCAAAAAGAAAGAAUCCAAUAAAACCCAUAAAGAGAAGAAAAAAUCAAGAAACCUCAGAGUAAGAGAAAAACACGAUGAGAUGUUUCAGAUCAAACACUCCAAGAACCGAAACACCACCAUCGUACGGACAACAACAACACGCCGUUUACUCAUCUAACCAAACCGUGAGAGAAGAAGUGCUGUUGCAGAUUCAUGGAUGCAGAGCCCAUCUCAUCGACGGAUCCGAAGCGGUGGAGCUAGCCGCCGGAGACUUCGAGCUUGUACAGGUCUCAGACAACGGCGUAGCUUUGGCUAUGGUCGUGCGGAUCGGAAAUGACCUACAAUGGCCGGUGAUUAAAGACGAGCCAGUGGUGAAACUCGACUCUCGCGACUAUCUCUUCACACUUCCGGUCAAAGACGGAGAUCCACUCAGCUACGGCGUAACGUUCUUCCCCAUAGACCUAAACGACGUGGUUUUUGUGAACAGCAUCGAACUGCUAGACGAUUUCUUGAGAGAGAACUCUUGUUUCUCUUCGUCUUCGUCUUCGUCUUCUUCUACUUCUUCUGCUUCUUCUUCGCGUGUUACUAAUGGAAUCGAUUGGAAAGAGUUUGCGCCUAAAGUCCAAGAUUAUAACAAUGUUGUGGCUAAAGCUAUCGCUGGAGGGACAGGACAUAUCAUUAGAGGAAUGUUCAAAUGCAGCAAUGCUUACACUAAUCAGGUUCACAAAGGAGGUGAAACUAUGAUUACAAAGGCCGAGAAGAAGAGUGGUGCGUCGUCACAAAGAAAUGCAACCACUAGCAAGAAUCAAAUCAACAAGAAUCUUCAACGAGUGAGGAGACUGUCGAGAGCGACCGAUAAAUUGAGCAAGACGAUGUUGAAUGGUGUGGGAGUGGUGAGUGGUUCGGUGAUGUCUCCCAUUGUAAAGUCGAAACCAGGGAAAGCUUUUUUCUCAAUGGUUCCAGGGGAAGUUCUCUUGGCUUCACUUGAUGCUCUUAAUAAAUUACUAGACGCUGCUGAAGCUGCAGAGAGACAAACUCUUUCCGCUACGUCCAAAGCUACUACCAAAAUUGUUAGUGAGAGGUUGGGUGAGAGCGCCGGAGAAGCCACGAGAGAUGUGUUAGGCACGGUGGGCCACGCAGCCGGAACUGCUUGGAAUGUGCUCCAAAUCCGGAAAGCUUUCUAUCCUUCGUCUUCACUCACUUCCGGUAUCCUCAAAAACGCUUCAAGAAAGUGAUUAUUGUUAACAUUAAUGUUAACUACUCUCGUCGCCGAGUUACAUUUGAUGAUAUUUUAUGUUAUGCUUUUUGUGGACAAAUAUCAUAAAGUUUUAAAAAGCAAAAUGUGUGUAAUCUUGAAUCUCAAGCAAAGGAAACCUCUUUUCUUUACCUAUUUUUCGUUAUGUGUUUUAACAACAUAAAGACUCAGAAGACAAAUCUUCUUGAAACUAUGAUCAAACAACUUACCACCUACCAAAAUAAAGUCCUGAAAUAUUCUUGAUAUCAAUGACUAAAGCUCUAGUUAAAUAGAAGAACAAUGAUUACUGAAACAGUUGCAGAUCCACCAGCAAAAGGAUUUAGUGCAGAGUCUCCGCUCCUUUUCACUGGUCGAUGAACCAUACCGCCUCCGCCGAUCCCACGCCGUCCUUCUUCUUCCCCAUGGCCGCCACGGCCACCUCCUUCACCACCAAUCCCAUGGCCGCUACGGCCACCUCCUUCACCACCAAUCCCAUGGCCUCCUCCGUGACCUCCACCACCACCGCCACCGUGACCCCCACCGUGACCACCACCACCGCCACCUCUUGCGACCACGGUGGUAGACUUGAAGAGAAGUAACGUGAUAAUAAGCAGGACGGCAUAAUUGGUAACAAAGUGUGCUUGAGUCUUCGUGAUUGUCAUGGUGAUGAUAUCAAAGUGUACACUAUCUUUGAUUCUUAAAUUGUUUACCUUAAAAAACAAAAAGAAAAGGAAAUUGUUAUCGUGGGGUGAGAGAUGCCUUAGGAAAGCCUCUACAUAUGUAUGCAAGAUUCAUAAAAUUAUUGUUUUUUU